GAAGAACCGUACACCUUAGGGGGCAGUAGAGUGCCUCAAGCUUUUCAGUUUGCGGAGAAUUGAAAACCGAAGAAGGAAACCUGCUAACCCUCGUGAAGCGGGAACUGACAGCUCUCCAAAAUGGACUGGGGUCAGAGUGAGCUGCUCUCUCCGGUGGUCCGAGAUGAUGAGGUGACAGUCGCCGCCCGCAGGAGGAAGAAGGUGGCCUUCCCCUCACCAGACGGCAGCCCAGUCAUUCCCUCAUUAACACCGGCCCGCUCCCUGCCGAGGAACACCCCCGCUUCCCUGUUCAGACAGGCCGUCACUCCCAGAGUUCCAGAUGUUUCCUCCAUUUUGUUUUCUGGAGUUCGGACGCCUCGAUACACACACACACCCAGAAAUGUGUUCAGCAGCAUGAACUUGGACGACAGCGACUGGACCAACACCUUGUACACCUCCGGCGUCUCCGGAUUGGACAACAGCAGCUUCUUCAGAGACGACGAUGCGAACCUGAGCUCAGCUCUGCUGAAGGAGGAUGACCCAGGAGAGGCAGCGGCUGCCAGUCUUUUCCCAGAAUUCCUGGCCUCCUUUCUGAAACACUCUUCCUCUGCUGCGUUUGAGCUGUUGGAGGAUUAUCAGAACAUCUGCCAGGAGAAGGUGGACGUGCUGCAGUCUGUGGUGCUGAGAGCGGGUCAGAAUAGUAAAACAGCAGGUGUCCGCUGGCUGCUGCAGCAGGAGAACUGCACCUGGAGGCUCAUCGCUUCUCUCUACAGAGAUCGGAUCCAGUUGGCGCUGGAAGAGGACAUGAUGAUAGACAUGGUUGUCCCCAGUGAAAGUGAGAAGGUCGUUGUGGAUAAGCUUUUCCAGCGAGACGCCGUCAUACGACAGAGCCAGCUGGUGGUUGAUUGGCUAGAGAGCAUCGCCAAGGAUCAGAUUGAAGAUUUUUCUGAUAACAUUGAAUACUACGCCAAAAACGUGUGCUGGGAGAACACGCUGCACGCUUUGAAGAUAAGGAGCAAGAGUGUUCCCGACUUCCACAUUCCUCUCGUCACAGAGCUGGACCCAGAUGCUCCUCUCCGGCAGCAGCGCCCCCUGGCGGAUCUGGACAGAGAAGAUGACGCACGACUGCUGAAGAACCUGUUCACUCUGAUCCGAGCGGGAAUGACAGAUGAGGCUCAGAGGCUGUGUAAACGCUGCGGUCAGGCCUGGAGAGCAGCAACUCUGGAGGGCUGGAAACUCUACCAUGAUCCUAACAUGACCUCAGGAAACUCAGAGCUGCAGCCUGUUGAAGGAAACCCACACAGAGGGAUCUGGAAGGCCUGCUGCUGGAGGAUGGCUGAAGAGGAGCAGCUAAACAGAUACGAGAGGGCGAUCUACGCCAGCCUGAGCGGAAACAUCAAACCGCUCCUGGCUGUGUGUGAGUCGUGGGAGGACUGUGUGUGGGCGUACUUCAGAGUCAUGGUGGACUCGCUGGUUGAAAAGGAUCUCAUGUCAUCAGGCAUGGCCCACCAGGAGUUGGAGACACUACCGCGGGAAUAUCUGGAGGCAAAUUGGACCAUGGAGAAAGUGUUUGAGGAGCUUCAGGCAUCAGAAUCGAAGAGAGUGUUGGACGAGACUAAAGAACAUUAUCACGUUAUCCAGAAGUUUGUGAUUCUCGGAGAUCUGGACGGACUGAUGGAUGAGUUUUCUGAUUGGCUCACAGCCUCUAAGCCCCUCCCUUUCCAUCUGCUGCGUUUUAUGACUCACCUCGUGUUGUUUUUCCGCUCUCUGGGUUUGGCUCUGAAGGAGGAAGUGUGUGUCGACGUGCUUAAAGCCUACAUCUCACUUCUAAUCCGGGACCAGCAGACAAACAUCGUGGCGAGCUACGUGGGCCAGCUUCCCGCCGAGCUGGCCACCACGCAGUACGCUGCUUUCUUGGAGACGGUCAGCCAGCCGGAGCUCCGCCCUCGGUGCCUGCAGCUCGCCACUGAAGCAGGUCUGGACGUCUCUGCGAUAACGAGGCUGGUGGUGGAGACGGUACGAAGGAGAGACGAUGCAGAUUUUACUCACCACAGCCAGACACUGGAGACGGGAACGACAAAGGAGGACCAAAAGAAAACUGACGUUAUUGAUUGGCUGCUGUUUGACCCUGCCCACCGGGCUGAGGCCCUGAAGCAGUCCAACGCCAUCAUGAGGAAGUUUUUGGCUCUGCAGAAACAUGACGCAGCCAAGGCCGUUUUCUCCAAAGUUCCUGAGGAUUCAAUGAGGGAAAUUUACUCACAGUGGACGGGUGAGGGGCAGACCACUCCUCUACCUGCAGAGGACGAGAACGCCAUCAGAGAGCACCUGUGCAUCAGAGCUUACCUGGAAGCCCAUGAGGCAUUCACUGACUGGUUCAGCCACAGCAGUUCUGCACCACAGAAGCCAGCAUUGGCUCCAGAAGCCAAAUUCACAGAGAGAGUGGCCAAUGAGAUGAAAGAGAAGGAGUACCAGGCCGCCUUGAGUGCCUGGUUGAGCCGCCUUGAUGUCUUAACUGAAGACGUGAAAGAGAGAAUCUACAACGUGUUGCUGUUUGUAGAUGGAGGAUGGAUGGUCGACAACAGAGAAGUUCAUGAGUCGGAGCCAGAUGAAGAGCGAAGCCACCAGAAGGCAGCGUUACGCUCUCUCUGUCUUCCCCGCCUCACCUUUCUUCUGCUCAGCGUGCUGCAGAGCUCCUCCCGACACCAGGAGGCGCUGCGACUCGCCGACAUCAUCUCAUCUGACCAACAUAAACUCUACCAGGUUUUCUCUAAAGAGGAGCUGAGAAGGUUUCUUCAGAAGUUGCGAGAGUCGUCGCUCGCACUGUUGGAUCAAGGACUCGACCCGCUGGGCUAUGAGCUGCAGCCAUGAUCUUACAGAAAACACACGCACACGCAUUCAGAACAUUGUUUCAAUAACUGCUCUCUUCCUCUCAGAAAUGGUUUUUUUGUUUGCUAAAUAAAAACUUUUGUUUCUUGUA